AUGCAUGAUAAGAGAAGGCAAUCUGAAGAAGGUUCAUCUGCUUCAGGACAUGGCGUGGAUAAGAAAAAUGAGGUUAAAUUGGAUGGCGGUAACAGUGGUAAUGGACAAGUCCAAGAGCAGUUGGGAAGCAGUUUACCCCCAGGGUAUUAUAGACAAGGAUACUGCAGCUGUUGCCAAGUACAUUACAUUAACCUAGAAAAGCACCUUGCAAGUGACCAGCACAGACGAAUAUCCAAGCUACAUAAGAACCGAUUCAGUACAAGCACAUUGAUGGAGCGAUUCUUGCAGGAUGUUCAUCUCUACCAUCCUCAAAACUACCACGAUACUAGACCAACAUAUGAUGAUAUCCCAGAAGUUAAUGUUCUUACUUCCUCAUGCGAAGACAGAACUUGUACUCUCUUACAGGAAAAUCAGGGUGCUGUUUCCAGUAGUGGCAGACUAACUGGCUUGGACAAACAUUGUAUCUCUGAAUCAUAUAGAUCAAGGUUCAAUUGCAAUGAAAAAACAUUCACACAAUCACACAACACAAACCCCAAAGAGGGCCAGUGUUCCAAAACUGGGGAAAACCAACAAAGCAUUUGCAGAAGUCCUCUGACUACUUGCCAAAAAGCCUUACAUAAAACGGUAAACACCAUACCUCACACUUUUCACUAUAGCACUUUACCUUUAUAUUCUACUAGCCAGUUGACUGCAAAUAACAGUUCCUUUGAAACUCCGCAUGCGCAUUGUUCAGGGUCUACUAAUCAGAGAGAGACAAAUUAUGAGAAAUGUAAAAAGUGCCUAGGUAUACCAACAUCAAAAAACCCUACAAAUGACUUACAAAACAGCCAGUUCAAUUUCCAAGGCAGCUAUCAUCAUCUAACCUCAGGCGCUUUGUUUAAGAAUGAAAGGAUUUUCAAACCUCAGGAAAACAAGGAAUGCUUUCUCAGGGAUCAUGAGCUAUGUAAUGAAUCAAACAAAAUGAAAAAUGAUGGAAAAUGUAAAGGAUUUUCCCUCUUCAAGAACAAAGGGAUUCACUUGGGCAAAGAUAAUGGAACCUUAGUAAAUGAAAUCAUUGAGGCAGUAAUCAAAAAAUACUGCCAUGAAUCUUCAUCAGACAAGACAACAGAAAAAGAUGAAGAAAGUGUAUUGUCCUUAAAUGUCCCAUCCAUUACUGGAGAUUCUACUCUAAGUUUUGAUUGUGUUGCACCUUCAGAGUUAAAAGAAGACCACUUAAAAGUCGCA